AUGUCUUUGCUUGUAGUCCCCAAAAGGAUCUUGCUCCUCGUCAAAUCAGUCAACGCCGCAGCGAAGCUUGGCACUCGCGCGCUGAUUGGGAAGGCAGUGGUGAUACGUACAACCGCGUCUGUCGCCACGACCCCGAGCUUCAACGUCAUCCGUCAAUCUCACACCGUGUUCUUGGAAGGAGCUGGACGCGCCAGCGAUGUCGAGAUUGCUGGCUCCUUCAGCCACUUCUGGAACGCCUGUCUGCGAAUGUUCAUCGGCUCCGUGAACCGAUUGGGUCCGGCGAUAUUUGGCCUCGAGAUCAAUGAACUCAACCAGACUUCUCGAGUCAAGAACCUAGCACUGCUGGAACUGUGUACCCUUGCGAAGGAUUUGCCACAGCUUCAGGCAGUAGCGGGGUCUUUCGAUGACGCUCUCUCUGCUGAAUACGCCACUAUCAACAAGGCUAUAUGGGGCAUCGACAACAACCUCAUGUUCCUGAACGCGCAGGAUGCGACAUCGACCAAGGAUGUCAGUGGCACUUCCUACUCCCUCGAGACUACCGCCGCGGUCAUGAAGGAUGCCGCCGACCACACGAACACAUGGAGGGCGAUUUCCAUACCAUCAUCAGUCCGAAGAGCUAAGCCAGACUACUACAUGAUCUCGAGCGCAGCGUACUAG